AGAGACUGAAUAUCCAGCCAUUCUGCAUCUUGCUAUCUAUAUGUCGUCCCAUCAAGGUACCCUUUUAACACCAUUGGUGUACUGGUUAUCUUCCCUGCCUUAUGGAGUACUCUACUGGAGAUAAGCGGAUUUUACGGACAAGCUGUUCGUAGACCGAAGAACCCACCGUUUAACACCAGAGCUAUCUCAAUGAAUUAACUAGUAUCCAUGACAAUGUUGUGGUCACUUUCCCACACUUAUUCCUCAAGCCAGGACCUCCCCUCUUGAACCAUUGACUAGGUACUAGUACAAGGUUAACCAUGGCCGCUAUGCCUGUCCUUCCUACCUCUUUACCCUCCCUCACCGUCCGCGAAGCCAUCCUCGAUGCCGUCUACCGUCUCGUGAACGCCUUCGACACCGCCAACCCCGACCUCUUCGAGUCCGCAAUGACCAAAGACGCAGUCUUCGACCUCAACGGCCAGAUCAUGGACGGCCUAGACGCCAUCCGCACGCAAUGCUUCGACCCAGUCUCGAAACUGGACACUACCCAUUUCAUAACCAAUGCCCGCGUCAACAUCCCAGACGGGGAGUCCGCCAAGGCCUCCGUGACGGCGACGGCUCUCGCGCAGCAUUUCCCCGCUCAGAAGGGUCUGGAGGCCGGUGCUCCCAACCUGUUGGCUGGGUCGCUGUACUUUAUUGAUCUUGUCAAGGAUGAGACGGAUGGCCUCUGGAAAGCCAAGUACUGGAGACUCAAGUCUACGUGGGCGCAGGGUGAUUGGGGGGUUUUCGGCAAGUAGGGACGUUUAGAUAUAACUUUCUUCUCCUUACUCUAUGCAGAUAGAUUUGCUUUCGAUCCUAUAGUCAUAUAUAGAUUGCAUAUAUAGAUUGAAUUUACAUAGCUGUACAGAAUAUAAAC